GAGAGGGUAUCAAAGGGAACGCCAAUAGAAAAGGGCCCAGCCUGGUCAUUCUCCACCCCCCCACACCCAAAGAAAAAAAAAUUUUAUAAGCUAGAGAAAAGAUCCCACUAAAAAAAAAAAAAGAAAUUUUUUUUUUUUAUCACCAUUAACUUUCUGCUUUGGGCUUCCAAAGGAUUUUUACAGGGGUCCCAUUUUAAAAAGUAAAGAACCAGGUCCAUGAUUCUUUACUACUUUGGUCUCAGGGAUUAGUCAGAGCUAGCUAACAAAAGACGGCCUGAGACAGACAACUGCAGGACCGGGGUUCCAAAUGGAAAGGGGUGAAGGGCAACAACAGUUUUCCAGCAGGUCAAGUGGCUAAAACGGAUCUAUGACCAAACUGUCAAACUCCCAGCCAACUCUACAGACUCUGUAAGCCAGAACAACGCUUGGGCUUUGGGGCUGGGACCCUGAAAGUGAGCCUCAGGUUCCUGAAAAAAAAAGGCUGAACUUAGCCCCAAGUUACCCAGGGGCAGUUUGGGAUCUAGACCGUCUCUUUCUUAGGAUUAAGUCCUAGCUCCUUACACCCCUGAUCAUUCCUUACUUACCCUUUCUCCCGCUCUUCCUCGGUGAGAAGGGGUAAGAGGUUAUUUUGUGCCCUCGCCCAAUUUGGCCAAAACCCUAAAAGUGAAAAACGACAGACACGUGUUUUAAAAUAGUGUUGUGUUAAAGCCUUGUGCACUUCCACUUUCUGCCCAACACUUCAGGCGGAAAGCAGCCCGGCCCCACAGCGCUCCCUCCCGGCCAGGGCUUGGGGCCGGAGGUGACCCCGUCGGGGGACAAAGAGAAGGGGCGCUCUAGGGACAACCGCUCUGCAGGGAGGAGCGGGUGGGCUCUAGGCAAUGCUCUCUGCCGCUAGGACGCCGGUGCCCGCUCCAGUCAACCGCGGGGCGGCGGCAGGGCGGCCGGCUCUGGGCGCACAUAAACACGCGCACGCACACAUGCUCGCGGCCGCCGUGGGCACCACAGUACCGGCGGCCGAGAAGCCCUCCGCCUCCCAACAACCCCCGCCCCGCCUCGGGCCGCCUCCACAGGAAGGUCGAGGGCGCAAGGGACCACCCGUGUUAUCGGCGGCGCGCCCGACCUCCCCCGUACAGCCUCACUGCCCCCCACCCACAGCCGGGCGGCCGCCCUCCGCACCCGCUGCGCAGCUCGGCUCAGCUCGGGGGGAAGUCCCUGCGUGGGCACCGCCCACCGCCGGCGGCAAGCCCCACCCCCGGCGGAAAAAUCGGCGCGGGAACGCCUGCCCCGGUUGGGUCCAAAACCUGGCGUGGAUCCCCAACGAAUCGAAACUAACGUUCGUUAAUAUAUGCGUUCAGCACCGCCUCCGGGCUCGCUACCUUAUCAAUGGCUGAGAGGACAACAAAGAGCUUGAGAUGUAUACAACUGUGUGCAGCCGUAUUUACGGGUCAGGAAACCGAGGUACCUGUGCUUAAUCAAGUGCGCAGGCCUCAGUAGUGGCAAAGGAUGUCACUAGAUCUGUUCUCUCCUGAUUUCUGCGUCCUGUUGGGUUUUUUCUACCAACUCGCGUACAGGAAGACUAUUCACUAGGCAAGCCAAAAGAAAUAAUCUAGGAUAGGUGGUUUACUCUGGAGGAACUAGAAUUUCAUACUUCAGCGUUUGCCUUCAGAUAGUACAAACUCUUAACUAGGUCAUUAUAAUCUGCCUAGAAAGUGGAACCUAGAAGCUUCCAACAGAUAUGAAAUACUGUUUCUUGUUUGUUUAGCCCUCCGCAAGUUACAUUUCUUGUUAUUUCUGUCUUCAUUCUCCUUUUGGAUACUGCCAAGGGACUCAGCGUUUUCAAAUCACUUCGUACUAAUGUAAAAACCAGGUGCUCUGGCACUGUGUUCAGAGUCAAUUCUAAAGGUUUAAGAACCUACUCAGAGACUUAACCUGCUAACGAGACUCCAAGAGUCUCUUAAGGAGAACAAAAUCACUCUCCUGUAAAGGAAAUAUGUGCCCCUUUUGUAAAGUUUCUUAGUUGUCCCUGAAAUAAUUGCUGUGAGGUGGGUUAUUUUCUGCCAGUGCCUAAGAGCUUAAUUCCAAGAGCACAUAGCAGACUGGACCACCCAUCAAAGAGCAGCCAGUGCUUAUCUGUAAGUUGGACCCACCCCUCUUGGUACUGACCCACAUGAAACAAAUGGGAGUUCCUGACCACUAGGAGCUGACAGCCUGGGAUGGACUCUGUGUUGCUAAACAGCAAAGACAGACUUACAUGAUUAUUCCUGGCACGCUCAUGCAGGGAAAUCUUACAAUCAGCCUGAAGAAAAGGCUCAGAAGAAGAGAAGAGAUGCAAAGACGGACACACAAGGAGAAGGCCACAUGACGACAGGCAGAUUGGAGUAACACGUCUACAAGUCAAGGAAAGCCAAGGACUGCCGGAAAUCAUCAGAAGCUAAGAGAAAGGCAUGGAAUAGAUCCUUCCCUAGCAUUUUCAGAGGGAACAUGGCCCAUGCUUACAUCUUGACUUUGGACUUCUAACCUCCAGAGCUGUGAGAGAAUAAGUUUCCACUGUUUUAUACCACCCAGCUUCUGGAAAUUUGUUACGGCAGUCCCAGAAAACUAAUACACGUAUAUUAGUUCAUUUACUCUUCAUAAAAACACUAUGAGGUACGUACAAUUAUUAUCCUAAUAUUAGAGAUGAGAAAACUAAGAAGAAACUUUCUCAAGGUCAUGAAGUUAGUAAAUGAUGGGCCUGGAACACACAAACUCAAGUUUACCUGGCACCAAGUCUUGCAUUCUUAACCCCUUGGCUAUAUUCUGCUUUAUUAAAUAUACAAUUCCAUUUUCAGAGAGUUCUAGCUGCUAAAAAAAAAUUGCUCUUUUUGUAUUCAGUGAAAAUUAUUUUCCCUGUAACUUUCAAUCACCGAUCUUAAUUUGGCCCUCGAACACACAUGAGAUAAACAUAUUUCAUAAAUUAGAUCGUAUUGUAAAAGUGCCUGACAAACAGCAUGUGUUCAACAAAGAUUAAUCUAAAUCAUCCUCAUAACAGACAUACCAGUCAUUGAUAAAGUACUCAACUAGCCAGGGCCAGCACUAAUUAUAGUCUCACCCAGUUUGCACUUCUCCCGUUUUAUAUAGAAAACUAUCAGACAAGGAUAAACACAAAGUCCAGAUAUCCUAUGGAUAUAACACACUUCCUUAAUCUACCAGCCUACUGACUUUGUCAAAAAAGGCAAUGAGCACUAGAUUAAAUAAGCAACAGACAAUUUUAGAAUUCUCUUUGUGGGAAGAAGUACGGGAGCCCAUUAAAUAAUACUGUUCAAAAUUACUAAGUGUACAUUUUAUUAAUAGGCAAUUAGAUAGAACCUAGUGUUAUGGAUUGAAUUGUUUUUCAAAAAAAUAUGUGUUGGAAUUCUAACCCCUAUACCUCCAGAUGUAAUCCUGUUUUCAAAUAGGGUUUUCUUUUUAUGUUAAUGAGGCAAUGUCAGUAUGCAAUGUGUCCCUGACCUAAUGAAUUCUGAGUUGUAAGGAACAGCAUAGACAUAGAUGAGAAGCACAAAGGGAAGAGGGGGGUGCGGACAGAUGCCACUCAAGGAUCACCAAGGAAUGUCAGGGAUGCAGAAGCUGAGACAAGGACCUUCCUCCAGAGCUCACAGAAAGGAAGCAUUCCCUUAUAAAGGCUGCCCUGAAUUCACACUUCUAGCCUCCUAAAUUGUGAGAAAAUAAAUUCUUGUCCUUUAAAGCCACCCAUUUGUGGUAUUUCUGUUGCAGCAUCACUAGACAACUAAGACAUCUAGUAAAUGUUAACUUACCCUACACAUGGAAAAAAAUGAAUUUGUUGAAAGGUAGUGUUGCUUCUACUGAAAGUUUACCUAAAGGUGUGAGAAAACUAAAUUUAUAAUCACUAUUGAGGAUUAUAACAGGGUUGUUAAAGGAUGAUCAUUAAAAUGGUGGUAUACAAAUAUUAAAGGAACAUGUGUCAAAGAUUUUGUUUAACUUAUUAAUUAAUGAGGGAACCAGUAAGAUCUUACAACCUGUUCAAAGAAGAAUCAGAAAAGCAGACUAGGCAGUCAAAAAUAUUGAAGUGAAUUUGUUAGUAGAUAUAAAAAAUAGAUCCUAUAGGAAUUAAAUUAUAAUGUUCAGAAUCAUCUUUUCUACAGAGAGAAAAUCAACUGUAUGUCUAUGACAAAAUUCAUUUGGAUUUUUGUAGACAAGAAUAAUACACAUUUGACUAUUAGUUUUCUACAAUUUAUAGAGUUUGUAGAAUAGCUCUCUUAAGGACAGCCAAAGGCACAGGCCAGAAAGGAAUCAGAUAACCUGGAAACGUCCACCAAACAGUACCCAACAUUCCAUUGACAAGACACCCAGCAAUUAUACCUGUGUUAGUCAUCUAGUGCUACUGUAACAGAAAUAAUACAAGCGGAUGGCUUUAACAAAGAGUUUAUUCUCUCACAGCCCAGUAGGCUAGAAGUCUGAAUUUAGGGUGCCAGCUCCAGGGAAAGCCUUUCUCUCUCUCCCUCUCUCUCUCUCCCUCCCUCCCUCUCUCUCUCCCUCCCUCUCCCUCCCUAUUCCUCUCUCUCUCCCCCUCUCCCCCUCCCUCCCCCUCCCUCUCCCUUCCUCUCUCUCUCAGCUCUGGAGGAAGGUCCUUGUCAUCACUCUUCCCUUGGUCUGGGAGCAUCUCAGCACAGGAACCUCAGGUCUAAAGGACAUGCCCUGCUCCCGGCACUGCUUUCUUAGUGGUAUGAAGUUCCCAUGUCUCUCUGCUUGCUUCUCUCUUUUAUAUCUCAAAAGAGAUUGGCUUAAGACACUAUCUAAUCUUGUAGAUCUCAUCAAUAUAACUGCCACUAAUCCAUCUCAUUAUAUCGUAGUGAUACAAUUUAUAACACAUAGGGAAAUCACAUCAGAUGACAAAAUGGUAGACAGUCAUACAAUACAGGGAAUCAUGACCUAGCCAAGUUGACAGAUAUCUAUGGGGAGGCACAAUUCAAUCCAUGACAGUACCCAUUUCAAAAUCUUUCACAGUUCUUCCUGACUGACAGGGUUUCUAGAAGGACAUCAAGAAGAAAAACUGGGAAAACCUUAAGUGCAAGUUUAUAGUGUUUCAAAUAUUUUAUAAUUUUUUUAAAGCAAUAUAUUAGAAUCUAUAAGACAAGGGAAAAUUAUGAAAUUAUAUUCUUAGAUUCUUCAUCACAUUCUUCAAAUAUGCCCAUUAAUCAUUAUG